AUGGCGUUGCCGAAGGCCAAGGAGAUCGUUUCGUCCAAUCCCAUCGUCGUUUUCAGCAAGACGCACUGUCCGUUCUGCGUGAACGUGAAGCAGCUGUUGACUCAAUUGGGAGCGAAUUUCAAGGCUAUUGAGUUGGACACUGAAAGCGAUGGAAGUGAGAUACAAUCAGCACUCGCUGAGUGGACCAAACAAAAGACUGUGCCCAAUGUAUUCAUUGGCGGGAACCACAUCGGUGGCUGUGACACUACUACUGCUUUGCACAAGGAAGGAAAGCUGGUUCCUCUGCUGACACAAGCUGGAGCUGUUGCCAAGCUUUCUGCUUGA